AUGCCUGCUAACUUACCCAACACUGACCAGGAGAGACACAGCACCAUCGAACUCACCUGCAGACACCAGGAGAGACACAGUACCAUCAAACUCAACUGCAGACACCAGGAGAGACACAGCACCAUCCAACUCACCUGCAGACACCAGGAGAGACACAGCACCAUCCAACUCACCUGCAGACACCAGGAGAGACACAGUACCAUCAAACUCACCUGCAGACACCAGGAGAGACACAGCACCAUCCAACUCACCUGCAGACACCAGGAGAGACACAGCACCAUCCAACUCACCUGCAGACACCAUGAGAGACACAGCACCAUCCAACUCACCUGCAGACACCAGGAGAGACACAGGUGCCACAGAGGAGAGAGGGAGAAGCCAGAGGUCAGAGGUCAGAGGAGGAGCCAGAGGUCAGAGGAGGAGCCCAAGGUCAGAGGUGGAGUCAGAGGUCAGAGGAGGAUCAAGAGGUCAGAGGAGGAGCCAGAGGUCAGAGGUGGAGUCAGAGGUCAGAGGAGGAUCCAGAGGUCAGAGGUAGAGCCAGAGGUCAGAGGAGGAUCCAGAGGUCAGAGGAGGAGCCAGAGGUCGGAGGUGGAGUCAGAGGUCAGAGGAGGAUCCAGAGGUCAGAGGUAG